CCAAUUAACCGGGGCCAAAUAAAUUUUUCACACAAACUUGAUGAAGAGGCACACAGUCGGCAUUGUACACCAACCCAACAUCUUCCCUGCUAUAAGAAGAAUUCUAUUCUGUACGGGGAUUCUCAGCUAGUUGAAGUAAAUAAUUUAUAGAAGUAGUAGAAGGCGAUGGGAUUCUAUCAAAUGGAUAGCCAAAAAGCAACAAGGAUCUUCGGAAUAUCGAUGUUGGUAUCUUUGGCCAUAUCAGUAUCUGCUGCAAAUGAGUGCUCAACAGUGAGAGCAUUCGUCUCAGCUUGCCAUCCAUUCGUCACGUACGGUACACCUGACCCCUUUCCUGGAUCACCAUGCUGUGAUGCCAUGAUGAGCCUCAACGCCAUUGCUGACUCUGCCGAUGAUCGAAGAGUAAUAUGUGGAUGCAUGAUGGACCUCAUUACCACCUUCAAUCCCAAUGCCACUGCUAUUGCUACCUUGCCGGGCCUUUGUGGGGUCUCUCUGGGCUUCACAAUCGACCCAGAUACUGACUGUAGCUUCAUAUCUUGAUUUGGGGUUACAAGAAAUAAAGUUGGAUUGUAGAAGAUACGGAAGAGAGGAUCAAAUAAGAAGGCUGUCUUCAGCUGCAUAGAAGAGGAGAGGAGGGGGUGUAUUCAUGUUGUCUGUUAACGAUACAAAUAAGUGAUGAUUGUGAGCAUUAUGUACCUAGAUCUAGGUAAUGCUUGUACAAGUAUGUGGAUUUUAUAUGGUCAGUAUUGCUUGCCCACUGAUCCAUCUUA